AUGCCCUUCGCGCAAUUAGUUGUCGGCCCUCCGGGUGCCGGGAAGUCGACAUACUGUUAUGGCAUGCAACAAUUCAUGGGCGCGAUCGGCCGCAAGGCAUCGGUAGUAAAUCUUGACCCCGCCAACGAUCUGACUGUCUACGAACCUGCCAUUGAUGUCCGGAAGCUCGUAACGCUCGAAGAAAUCAUGGCCGACGAUGAGCUCGGUCCCAAUGGCGCCGUGCUUUACGCGCUCGAAGAAUUGGAGAACAACAUGGACUGGUUGUCAGGCGAACUUCAGAAAUUGGGUGAAGACUAUAUUCUCUUUGACUGUCCUGGACAGGUCGAACUGUUUACUCACCACGAUUCCUUGCGCAAGAUCUUUUUUGCGCUCCAGAAGUUGGGAUACCGACUUGUGGUGGUUAACCUCAUCGAUUCGUACGCCCUGACCCUGCCUUCCCUCUACAUAUCCACGCUGUUGCUCUCCUUGCGGACAAUGUUGCAGAUGGAUCUCACGCACAUCAACGUGCUGACCAAGAUCGACAACCUGCAUAAAUUCCCUGCUCUGCCCUUCAACCUCGAUUUCUACACCGAAGUACAAGACCUGUCAUACCUUCUGCCAUCUUUGGAAGCCGAAUCUCCGAUGUUCGCCACAGGAAAGUUCCAGAAAUUGAACGAGACUGUGAUGGAACUCGUCGAGGAGUUUGGGCUCGUCUCAUAUGAGGUAUUGGCUGUCGAGGAUAAGAAGAGUAUGAUGUCACUUUUGCAAACAAUCGAUCGGGCCGGAGGCUACGCUUUUGGAGGCGCUGAGGGUGCAAAUGACUCUGUCUGGCAAGUUGCCGUUAGAGAGGGGCUAGGGCAGUUGGACGUUCGCGACAUCCAAGAGCGAUGGAUUGAUAACAAGGAGGCUUGGGAUGAAAGAGAGAGGCAGGCGGAAGAAGAGGAGCAGAGACAAUCGCGCCAGAAAGCUGAUCAAAAUGAGCUGACGGAUGAGAUGGAAAGCAUACCUUUCGAUAGCGGUGUCAAAAUUCGAAGGUCUAAACCUUGA